AUGGCCCCAUCUCCCCAAACUCAGCACAACAAGGGGAGGAUGAAACUUCUUCAUCGUUUCUACGAGCCUUUGGUGCUCCUUUACGUUUUGGAUAAAGUUCAAGGUGACCAUUUCCUUCCAAAUAGUGAUCGACUACCUUUGAAUGAUGCCCCACCCAAGGAACUUCGCCGGCGCUUCUUGUCCUCAUUGUCUUACAUCUGCGAUUACAAGAAAGGAGGAGAUACUAUUACCGCCAUAGGUGCGGCGUCAAACCCACUGACCUAUUAUGUUGCGUGCAACAAGGGCCCUAAAGACAGAGUCAAACCUUUCCUGGAAUCAAUUCUCACUAAACUUGGACUGAUCUUCGAACUUGAUAAAGAACAACGCAAAAAGGUUGCCAAUGAAAUCCUCGAUAUUUGUGCCGAGUUCAGCAAGAAGCGGAUUGAAACAUACUGGGACUUCUUACGAGGAGCGUUGAUGAAAUGCGGUGAAGCGCUGCAGGAUGAUUCUGCCCGGGAUCAACUCAGAGAAAUGAAAGAAAAGCUCACCGAGUGCAGCGAAAAGCCCACUGCUCUUUGUCGCUUCUGUUCAUUUUUGAUGAGACCAGACAGGAUGACAUUUAUAAAGGAAAGGGCCAGAAUCACCGACGAGGACCGCAAUUACCAGAGUUCUUUCGCCAUAGCCAAACAUUAUAUUGGUCGUUUGGCAUUUCAUGUCAAGGUAGUGAAAGUGUUCAUGGAAGCCGCAAUCAGAAUUCCCGAGCUCUUUGUGGAUCCCCAGGUCAUGCUCCUCAAGAGCCCUCAAUCACUGAUUGGGCCACCUCCCCUUCGCAACAAGCUGACCCUUGACGGAUUAGUCAACCGAAUGGCUUCGACUGCCAGAGAUUCUCUUCCGGAGCUCCGGUCUUGUCUAAAGGCUUUGAACCACCAGUUCGACAUCGAACGCAUUGUUCGACAGGAAUACGACAACAAGAAUUUCAAACCGCGAGUUCAUGCGGAACUUAUUGUUCUGGAACACUUUUACCAGAACCGAAACACGUUGCAAUACCUUGGGAAUGAUCCUUAUGUUGGUUGCAGCAAGCCGGCAUGCUAUUGCUGUUCGCUAUACAUUCGGGAACACCCAGCUGGCUUUGAUCCCCCAGCUACUCAUCAGAAAAUCUAUCUGAACUGGUUGCCGCCCACGAGUACUGAGAGUGUCCAAGUGGCAGGCUCGGAUGCCGCUCUGCAUGAAAAGACCAUGCUUAAUAAAAUUGUCCAAUCAAUCAGACAAAGGACAAUGUACCAGAUCAAAACACAGAGUGGAAAACGUCAAUGCCACCCUGAUUCGGUCACAGGAGAUACUUUCUCCACUCGCAUCAUAUCUUCCAUUCAAGAGCUUAUUAACCCUGACGGUGAGGAGGACGAUGAUGACGUGGAUAGGGAUGUGACGGCCGUUGCAAGAGACUUCGAACAUUGGGUAACGGCACGAGAACCUGAUGAGGACUCGGAAGGCGAGGGAGGUGUUCAAUUGCCGUAG